CAAAUUGCUGGUUUGGUCAAUGCUUCGUCCAAAUCGCAUGCGGAAUGCGUCGUCACAUUUGCUGCCACGCCUCAAAUCCAAACUUUGAGCCGCCCAACAACGCCGCCAACCGACCGUGGCCGUGGCCGUGGUUCGGGUCGCGUCCGUUCCUGUCCGCGCAUAGCGACGCCUCCGCGCUGUGUGCCGCACGAGCUGCAGACGGUGGACCGCAUGACAUCCGCCGAUUUUCGACACGAUUUUGCGGCCCAUCUGGAGAAUAUGCGCAGCCGGCAGAAGGAGCAACAGCACAUGCAUUUCUUUCAAUUGGCCAUCGAGGAGAAUCGUCAUCUGUUCGAGGGACGCACCAUACUGGUCCUGAGCUGCGGCACGGGCACGCUGGCGCUGAUGGCAGCCCGAGCGGGCGCCGCACAUGUCUACGCGCUGGAUCACUCCCAGGUGACGGACUAUGCACGGCUGGUGGUGCGUGCCAAUAAGUGGGAGCACAUUAUCAGCGUGCUGCACGGACGUGUGGCCGAUGUGGAGCUGCCGCAGCGCGUCGAUGGCAUCGUGUGCAACUGGAUGGGCCAGUGUCUGCUCUAUGAAUCGGAGCUGUUGGAGCUGCUCGAGGCGCGCGAUCGCUGGCUCAAGCCGCACGGCUUCAUCCUGCCCGAUCUGGCGGCGCUCUAUCUGCUGGGCGGCGCGGAGCAGCGGCUCAAGAACGAGCGCUGCAAUUGGUGGCUCGACGUUUAUGGCUUCAAUAUGAAUGCCAUGCGACGCUAUGCUCUAGCCGAGCCGCGCUUUGUCCGGACGAAAGGCGAACGGCUGCUCACGCUGGCGCAUCAGGUGCUCAGCUUGGAUUUGCGCACAGCCAGUGUCGAGGAUUUGCACAUAGAUCGGGACAUACGUUUGCAGGUGCAGCAGGAUGGCUAUUUCGAGUGCUUUGUGCUCUACUUUGAUGUGGCCUUCAGUCGCUCGCAUCAGCCGCACAAGCUGAGCUGCAAUCCUUGCCUCAACUCGCCCCUCAAAUCCUUGUGGCAUCAGACCCUGCUCUUUGUCGAGCAGCCCUUUAUCAUGCGCCAGGCAUUUCAUUAUACGGGGCAUCUGCGCUUCCAGCCCAAGCCAAACUUUCAUCAAAUGCGCAUUGAUAUUGAGUUCUUCAAGAGCUCGCCGGAUGGCGUACAGAGCAAUCCUCUCGUGCUCAAGAGCUGGCUGCUAACGCCGCGCUUUCAAACCGUCGCGGAAGUGGCGCAAUGUCAGGACAGGCAGUACUACUAGAUUCCAGUUAGAAACUCCAAUUAAAAUGCUAUCGGUACAGACGGCCGGCUGCGCGGGAAUGGAGCGGCUUGGCGUUCCGACCCGCACAUCAUUGAGCACACCACCC